AUGAAUUGCCUCAAGUAUCUUUACAGUACUACUUUCAGUUAUCUUCUUCUAUUCAACCCAAUACCAGGUGGCGCUGACAGCAUCGCUGCAGUCGCCCAAGGGCUCACAGAUUAUUGCCUCAACAAUUAUCGUUCAGUCCUUCACAGGAUUAAUCGAUAUCGAAGCAACAUUGACAACCAAAAACAAACUACCAUGCCCUAUUACGAAGACGCGCCAGAGCCCCAAAGCAAGGUGGCUAAGCGUUUCAUUAACACAGUCAACGAUAUGAAAUCCGCCGAUGAUGUGGCGCAAAAGUCUAUUCCGUGCAUAGUGGAGUAUAAAACAAUACCGCCAUUCAAUGAACACCAUUACAUGCACAAUCUUCCCGAUAGACAUGCCAAACUAAUCACUCUCUGUCCCGCAGACAAGAACGGCGCUGCUCUGCCAGUAGUUACUAUGCCUACCACCGACUGCCGACGCCAAGACCUAACUGACGAGUUUUAUUGGACGUCUAACGCGCCAUCUAUUAGGCUAGUAGAAGAGGCCGCUCGACUAGUCCGCUCAAGUCUACCGAUUACUCCGGUGCAGGCUGCUCUGGACAGCCAGGCUGACCCUAAUGUCUGCAACUAUCAUAUUGGCAGCUCAACUGGCGAUGUUCGUCCGGAGGAGCUUCAGGACGCCAUUCCCUUCCAUGGCCGAACGUCACAAUAUAUCAACUUAAAGCGCUUCCAGGAUGCCGUAGCUCAAUCAGGAAACCCCGGGAGUGAUAUUCUACGCGAAGAACUCCGAAGAUGCGUCGAUUACCAAGCAGCCCGCGACAACAUAGGCUCUGCCGAUACAUGGAAGCCUUCUCCUAGUCGUGAAAACCGACUCGAAGUCCUUCAUCUGAAAAAGACCGAAGUAACUGAUCGCAUCAACCAAAUCAUUAAGAAUAUGCAGAGCGGCCUGUUAAGGUACGACAUAACGCAGUACAAAAAAGCAGUUGAAGAUGUUAUUGAUAUCGAACUUGGCCACUACCAAUUCCUGCUCUGUGAUCUGUCCUUGAGAGCACUUCGUGCCGAAGUGGCCCUAGAAACAGUUAGGCAAAGCGAAAAGCAUAAAUUCCAGCUCCUUGACGAACCCGGUCUUACUAUUGUGAACACAGCAAAGCAAGUACUUUCCACAACCAAAGCCCAUAUGAGCGCCCAAGUUGGACUCUUCAACCAAUUCCUGAACAACAAACUUUCAUUCGUCGCCAGGCCGACCUUCUUAGUCCAAGUUCAGUCCAUGUACCAGCCAAGUGACGAAAUGGCCGAUUACUUUGUCCGCGCAGCCGAGGUCCAAGUUUGCGGCCUUGUUUCCUUUGAGCGUGAUGUCCACCAUAAGUCCAUGAUUCUUUUCGAUUAUCUUAACGCGUCUAAGAUGCUCAACGCCAAGGCCAAAAGAGGCGCUAGGGACCCUUUCGUGCGGCAUUACUUUCGUCUUGUUAACGAAGCAGGCAUGGAGCCCCUUACAGACGCCCAGUUUCGCUAUCGCAAACUAGAGGCUGUUCUAGCCUUUGCCCGUGACAUUGACAAGCAUCUACUUAAAACCACUAUUUCAAUGAUCGAUAUCCUCUUAGCCGAAACCAAGUUGUUUGAGAAACAGAUGGAAGCACCCGAAUUCCAACCCUGUCUCUAUAAAGAGGGCCCGGAAGGAAAGCGCCGGCCGCUACAGGUUGACGUAGGUGUAGCUCUCUUUGAAGCCCUCAAACGGCGUGUCAGCGUGCUAUCUGCCAUCUUUGACGUUCCAUUAAUCCAGCACCUUCAACUCAAAUCAAUCUUUGCCCAUCUCCGUCAAGAAGAUAGCUCGAUCACCAGCCACAUCGAUGAGGAGCUUUGGGAGACGAUCUGGACAAAAGCCCAUACUGAACAGUUUGCAAACUCGAUCGAAAGAUUCUUACCUACACCUAAUCCGAGUUCCUUUAUUCAUAUAGUGCCUAGCUGCGCCGAGCAACCAAAUACCAAGACGCCUUUGUAUAAAAUGGCGGACGAGGAUCUGAAAGCUACUUCCCAGCCUAGCCACUCCUCUAAUUACAACCAAGAUCAGCAACAAAACAACCAGUACGAUCGCCAGGAUCCAAACACUCGCCAAGAUCCAAACACUCGCCAGGAUCCAAACACUCACCAGGAUCAAUACUCACGCCAGGAUCCAAACACUCGCCAGGAUCAAUACUCACGCCAGGAUCCAAACACUCGCCAGGAUCAAUACUCACGCCAAGAUCCAAACACUCGUCAGAAUCCAAACACUCACCAGGAUCAAUACUCACGCCAGAAUCCAAACAAUCGUCAGAAUCCAAACAAUCGCCAGAACCCAAACACUCGCCAGAACCCAAACACUCGUCAGGAUCCAAACACUCGUCAGGAUCCAAACCUAAGUCGAUCCAGCAAUCCCUACGGCGAAGAUGGCACCUACCAAGGCAAUCUCUAUGCGCAAAACAACCAACAGUCCAGAAGCUACAGUGGAGGGAGCAGAACACAAUAUAAGAGAGAAAUCAAUCGGCCUCUAGCCGAUUCAAUUAUUUCCCACACGCAAGCAGCCCAGCCCAUCCUUGCUGCCGCAUAA